AGGGACAGGGGCGCCGCCGCUAGCGACACCGCCUCCCAAGUUUCCCCUGCGGAUGCACAGCCCCGGUGGCUCCGCUCGUCCCGGCUCAGAGGGGGCCCGCGGGGGCCGAAGGAGCGGACUCCCGCCAGGGUUCCUAAGGAAGGGGAGCGGACUGGCGCCCCUCUCGCUCUGAGGGUCGGUGAACGAUGAAGAGCCGGCGGCGGCGGCGCAGGGAGUACUGCAAGUUCGCGCUGCUGCUGCUGCUGUACACGCUGGUGCUGCUGCUCCUCCCCUCCGUCCUGGACGGCGGCCGCGACGGGGACAAGGGCGCCGGGCACUGCCCAGGCCUGCACCGCAGCCUGGGAGUGUGGAGCCUGGAGGCGGCGGCGGCGGGAGAGCGCGAGCGGGGCGCGGAGGCGCGGCUCGCGGCCGAGGGGCCAGCGGGCCAGCCCCCCGGGUCCCGGGGCAACCUCAGCGGCGCCGUCGGGGAGACGGCGUCGGGCGAGAAGCAGCACAUCUACGUGCACGCCACCUGGCGCACGGGCUCGUCCUUCCUCGGGGAGCUCUUCAACCAGCACCCGGACGUCUUCUACUUGUACGAGCCCAUGUGGCACCUGUGGCAGGCGCUGUAUCCGGGGGACGCCGAGAGCCUGCAGGGCGCGCUGCGCGACAUGCUGCGCUCGCUUUUCCGCUGCGACUUCUCCGUGCUGCGGCUGUACGCGCCGCCGGGGGACCCCGCCGCGCGCGCCCCGGGCGCAGCCAACCUCACCACGGCCACCCUCUUUCGCUGGCGGACCAACAAGGUCAUCUGCUCGCCGCCCCUGUGCCCCGGCGCGGCCCGCACCCGGGCCGAGGUGGGCCUCGUCGAGGACGCUGCCUGCGAGCGCAGCUGCCCCCCCGUGGCCCUGCGCGCCCUGGAGGCCGAGUGCCGCAAGUACCCGGUGGUGGUCAUCAAAGACGUGCGCCUGCUGGACCUGGGCGUGCUGGUGCCCCUGCUGCGGGACCCGGGCCUCAACCUGAAGGUGGUGCAGCUCUUCCGAGACCCGCGGGCCGUCCACAACUCGCGCCUGAAAUCCAGGCAGGGGCUGCUGCGGGAGAGCAUCCAGGUGCUGCGCACCCGCCAGCGGGGCGACCGCUUCCACCGCGUGCUGCUGGCGCACGGCGUGGGCGCCCGGCCCGGGGGCCCUUCCCGCGCGCUGCCCGCCGCGCCCCGCACCGACUUCUUCCUGACCGGGGCGCUGGAGGUGAUCUGCGAAGCCUGGCUGCGGGACCUGCUGUUCGCGCGCGGGGCGCCCGUCUGGCUGCGGCGCCGCUACCUGCGGCUGCGCUACGAGGACCUGGUGCGGCAGCCCCGCGCCCAGCUCCGCCGCCUGCUGCGCUUCGCCGGCCUGCGCGCCCUGGCCGCGCUCGACGCCUUCGCGCUCAACAUGACGCGGGGCUCGGCCUACGGGGCCGACCGGCCCUUCCACCUGUCGGCGCGCGAUGCCCGCGAGGCGGUGCACGCCUGGCGCGAGCGGCUGAGCCGAGAGCAGGUGCGCCAGGUGGAGGCCGCCUGCGCCCCGGCCAUGCGGCUGCUGGCCUACCCUCGCAGCGGAGAAGAGGGCGACGCCGAGCCGGUCCCGGACGAGGAGACACCGCAGGAGGUGGAGGCUGGUGGCGCCACGUAGCCUCCCGCCCGCAUCCCGGGGGGUUAGAUCCGGGUCAGUCAUCAUGAACGGGGCACUCAGCAUGUUGCCCCAGCACUGGAGAAGCCAUGCUUUGGAGGCAAUCUAUCACGCUGUCAGAGACUGGGACUUGAUUUGGUACCAACUGCUGUGCAAUUCUGGAGAGCAGGAAUAUCAUGAGCUUAUUAAAUAACUAGUGGCCCGGUGCACAAAAUCCAUGGACAUUAAAAGGGGAUUAAUUAGAGGAAAUAUUUUGAUAUUGCUAUUUGCCCUUUCUCUAUAAUAGAAGUGUCAGAGAUGAAAGAAAAUUAGUAAAAUGUAUAUGAAAAUCUUCCUCCUGUCAGAGUCUGGGCACACCACGGGACCCAGAGUCAAGUCCCUGCCCACCUGGGGCACCUCAAAAUUGUGCAAGACCCAGACCAAGCCAGCCCCACCCCCAUAGGGCAAGAUCCAGACCCGGCUGGCCCCACCCAGGUCAAGCCCCACCAGGUGGGGGGCGUGGCCUGAGGUCCCCUGGCCUGACACCAGGAGGGGAGCACAGCCUCAGGUCCCCCGUCAAGCCCCACCAGGUGGGGGGAGCAGCCUCAGGGCCCCUGUUAAACCCCACCUGGUGGGGGGGGUGCAGCCUCAGGUCCCCCAGCGCCAGGGUGGGAGGCAUGGCCUGAGGUCCCCCAGCCCAGGGUGGGGAAGCAGCCUGAGGUCCCCCGGACCAGCACUGGGGCGGGAGGCACACCUUGAGGUCUCUUGUCAAGCCCUGCCGGGUGAAGGGCUCGGCCUCAGGUCCCCUGGCCCACUGCUGGGGCGGGGGAGCAUGGCCUGAGGUCCCCCAUCAAGCCCUGCUGGGCAGGGGGUGCGGCCUGAGGUCCCCUGCCCUGGCCCAGCGCCACGCAGCCUCAGGUCCCUGCUGAUUGCUUGUUAAGGCUUGUUAUGGGAACUCGGCCUCCAUUGUGGGUACAGCCAUCUUGUGUUAUGGAAACCCCACCUCCGCUGUAGGCGCCGCCAUCUUUGUGAUGAUGUGAUGGUCAAAUUGCAUAUUCCCUCUUUAUUAGAUAGGAUGAGGGACACAUUGGUUGAAACAGAGUUUCCAGUAAGGAAGCGCAAUGUGGAUAAUUAUGGCAAUAAAAUAGGAAGAGCUUUAAUGCCCAACCUGAACCUGCCUCGGCUGGAGCCAUUUCAACAAGGCGUCCUCACAACAAAGAAGACAUGCGAUUGGUACCAUUUCCCAUCAGCAGGUGUCUGGACAAAACAUUAAUGUGAAUAAGGGCCAAGCACAGUCCUGUGUAUCUUGAUUAAAUUACGCACUAAUAAAUAAAAGUCUAGGUGAUAUUGUUUUAAAUCUGACUCAUCCAACCCUUCUUCAAACAGUUCUCCUUGCCACCACCCCUGAACUGAUUUUUCAAAAGUAAUUUCUCUCUGUACGGUGGGAGAGAAAUGAACUGAAACAAUUUUUUGCUUUUAAAUUGUUCCAUUUGGUGUUUUUGUAAUUAUACUAUUAAAUGACUGAGUCAUGCUAA